AACCAGUGGACAAUCAGGCCAGAGUCCAGCCUUUGUAAACAAGCAGCUAUUGAACACCAAUGAGGUCAUGGAUUCACUGCCAGGCAAAACAGAAAACCAGCUUAAGAAUCAGAACAGUCUGGGGCUAAAAAACUAACUAAUGUGAUGACUGAACACGGAGAGGUUUGUCACAGAUACAUUCAGGUUUGAGCUUUGCAUAAAUCAUGUAGGAAACUCUAAGGAUCUUUAGAAACACUGGCUCUUCUGAGACCCUUUCAGGCCACUUCAGAGGGACUGGAGACUCGCUUUGUGUCCACUGUUUGACUGUUCAGGGCUGAGUAGUCACUCCAGAGUUACUGCACCGCACAGAGCUGGGAUUUUCUCAAGCCGCCAAUCUGGGGCUAAACGGAAAAUCUGAGAACAGUUAAGCCCCAACAGAAGCUCUCCGGUCACCAGUCAGUACAGAAAUGAACCGGGAACACACCAUCAUCCUCCUCUGUGUUUUCAUCUCCAUCACGUCAGUGGUAGUAGGUGAAGGGGAAACUCAGAGAGAGGAUGACUGCGCCGACCUGAACAACACAACAUGGCAGGAGUAUCGACAGCAGAGAGUCAAGCUGCAGGUCCAGUACCUGUUACUGACCAGGAAAAACAUGGAAUGUGCACGUGGCUUCAGCCAGGAGUCUCUCACCAAAACACAACAACCAUCUGACUUCGACUUCUCCAAACCGACCAAAGUCAUCAUCCAUGGGUACAGGGCCAUGGGCAGUAAGCCGUCCUGGGUGAAGGAGCUGGCCAAGGCCCUGCUCAGGGUACAGGACGUGAAUGUGAUCCUGGUGGACUGGGUUUACGGAGCAUCCUUCGCCUACAACCUGGUGGUGGAGAAUUACAAAGAGGUGGCUGUGCAGAUCUCUGUCCUCAUCAACCAGCUGCAGAAACAGGGAUGUAAACUGGAGUCGUUCCACUUCAUUGGGGUCAGUCUUGGAGCACACGUCGCUGGUUUUGUGGGGACUCUUUUUGAGGGCAGGAUUGGAAGAAUCACAGGCCUCGAUCCUGCUGGACCCAUGUUUAAAGGAGCGGACACUUUUGACCGACUGGACCCAUCUGACGCUCUGUUUGUUGACGCCAUCCACACAGAUUCUGACUAUUUUGGGAUCUCCAUCCCAGUGGGUCACGUGGACUUCUUCCUGAACGGAGGGAAAGACCAGACUGGUUGUGCUCGCUCCAGGUUUGCCUCCAUUCUCAUCUCCUUUCCAGUGUAUGGCUAUGUGAUAUGUGACCACAUGAGGGCGCUGCACGUCUACAUGAGCGCGUUAAACGGCUCGUGCCCUUUAACGGGGAUCCCAUGUGACAGCUAUGAGGACUUCUUGAACGGACAAUGUGUGGACUGUGGUGUUUUCAAGGGGAGAUGUCCAACCAUAGGGUUAUCAGACAACAGCGGGAUAGCCAUGUCGCCGAUUCCCAAAGAGCAGAAGCUGUUUCUUCUAACAACUUCAUUGCCGCCUUUCUGCACUCAUCACAUCCUGUUGGAGCUGGAGGUUUCUCCUUUGGAUAAGAGUGCCGAAGUGGAAGUAACGCUGAUGACGGAGAAUCUGAAAACAGAGCAGAGGCUCAGACUUCAGACAGAUACGACAGUGUACAGGAAAGUGUUGACUCAUCCCGUGGCUCUGUGUGAGAUCGGUUCCAUCAAGCUGAAGAACACAGGAGCCCGUUUCUACAGACAAGGAGACAUCCACGUCAGAUCAGUGUGUGUGUCCGAGUUACCCAGACGAGAGGAGCCAAUCUGUGUGAACAACAUUGACAUCCAUCGAGGAGCUCCGUGGUCACAUGACUUUGUGCAAGUUUGUGGUAUGUUCUGAAGAAACACAGAUCGGUGACAAAUUGAAGGAA